CAUUCUCUUUCUUCUCCAAGAACAAGCAGCAGCGGAAGCAGUAAUUUUACAUCUCUCAUUUCGGCAACGAUGGAAAGUAACGCUCCUCUUCCUCCGCCUACGUUGGAGACUGCUUCACCCGUAAGCGAAGCCCCUAGCAAAAAUGCUCUGAAGAAAGAGUUGAAGAAUAAGCAGAGAGAAGAGGAGAAGAAACGCAAGGAAGAUGAAAAGCUAAAGAAAAAGGAACAGCAACAGCCAGAUGCUGCAUCCAAGUCUCAGAAAGCCCAAGCAGCUGAUGAUGAAGACAUGGACCCAACUCAAUACUUCGAGAAUAGGAUCAAAUUCCUUGCAGCUCAGAAGAGUGCUGAGAAGAACCCAUAUCCUCACAAAUUCCAGGUUUCAUUGACCAUCCUGGAGUACAUAGAGAAAUAUGGAGGCUUAAACAAUGGGGAACAUCUUAAAGACGUUGAAGUGUCUUUAGCUGGGAGAAUUAUGAACAAGCGAUCAUCUUCAGCAAAGUUGUUCUUUUAUGACCUACACAGUGCAGGGGGUAAAGUACAAGUAAUGGCUGAUGCAAGAACAUCAGACUUGGAUGAAGCUGAAUUCUCAAAACUUCAUUCGGCUAUAAAGCGUGGAGAUAUUGUUGGUGUUGUUGGGCACCCAGGAAAGAGUAAUAGGGGCGAGUUGAGUGUAUUUCCAAGAUCAGUCAUUGUACUCUCUCACUGCCUCCAUAUGAUGCCGAGGCAGAAAGCUGGUCCUGGUUCAGAGAAUACCAAUGUGAGGAAAACUGAGAUAUGGACCCCAGGAAGUACUAGAAACCCAGAUGCUUAUAUUUUGAAGGAUCAGGAGACGCGUUAUAGGCAACGUUAUUUGGAUCUUAUGUUGAAUCUGGAAGUCAGACAAAUAUUCAAGACCAGAUCAAAAGUCAUUCAAUAUGUUAGAAGCUUUCUUGAUAAGCUUGAUUUUUUGGAGGUUGAGACACCUAUGAUGAACAUGAUUGCUGGAGGAGCAGCUGCACGUCCAUUUGUGACCCACCACAAUGAUCUGAAUAUGAGGCUUUUCAUGCGUAUCGCGCCUGAACUUUACCUUAAGCAGCUAGUUGUUGGAGGACUAGAUCGUGUAUACGAGAUAGGAAAACAGUUCAGAAAUGAAGGCAUUGACUUGACCCAUAACCCAGAGUUUACCACAUGUGAGUUUUAUAUGGCUUAUGCUGAUUAUAAUGACUUGAUGGAGCUAACCGAGCAAAUGCUUAGUGGAAUGGUGAAGGAGCUUACUGGUGGUUACAAACUAAAGUAUCACUCAAAUGGGCUAGAAAAUGAGCCAAUUGAGAUUGAUUUUACACCUCCUUUUAGGAGGAUUGAUAUGAUAGAAGAUUUAGAGAAGAUGGCAAAUCUUAAUAUACCCAAGGACCUUGGCAGUGAUGAAGCUAGCAAGUAUUUGGCCGAAGCAUGCAUGAAAUAUGAGAUCAAAUGUCCACCUCCCUUGACAGUUGCACGCAUGUUGGAUAAAUUGGUUGGGCACUUUCUAGAGGAAACCUGUGUCAACCCAACAUUCAUAAUUAACCAUCCAGAGAUAAUGAGCCCAUUGGCGAAAUGGCAUAGGUCGAGACCUGGACUUACCGAACGCUUUGAACUGUUUGUCAAUAAACACGAACUUUGCAAUGCAUAUACUGAACUAAACGAUCCAGUUGUUCAACGCCAACGGUUUGCAGACCAACUGAAGGACCGACAAUCAGGCGAUGAUGAAGCGAUGGCUUUGGAUGAAACAUUUUGUACUGCUUUAGAGUAUGGCUUGCCUCCAACUGGCGGGUGGGGAUUGGGUAUUGACAGACUAGCUAUGAUGUUGACAGAUUCUCAGAAUAUCAAGGAAGUUCUACUAUUUCCAGCAAUGAAACCACAAGAUGAGCCAUCCACCAAAGCUACAACAAACUAAUUGCUAUAAUGGAGGUAGUAGACUUAUGCUACUCAAUUUUAAUUAAGAAAAUCUUUUCAUACAAAUUUGGAUUUUAUGUUUUUGUUGAUUGGUCAAAUGGCACACUAUGUAUUAGUUACUUGUACUCUUUACUAUUUAUUGGCUUUUGGAACCAUUGUUUGCUACUAAGUUGAGUGGAUCCCCUCCAGUUCUGUUGAUUUAUGAACAAGUAAUGAUUUUUG